AUGUCGCUUACACAAACGAUUUUACAUCAGUUCAAUACCAUUUAUGGUUUAAUAAUUCGCCCUGAAUCAACACAAUACUUGGAAGAAGAGCUUGGACAAGCUGACUUUGUUGAACUCGAAAAAUUACAAGAAGUUUUUAAAGCUUUGCAAAUUUCCCAAAAUGAGAAUAAUAGAGAUGUCGAAACACUGAUGCCCGAAGAAGUCGAUAGAGACAAACAUGAUGAACCAAAAGUUAUUGGAGAUUUUAAUUCCAAAGCACCAGUUUAUUCUGAAAGAUAUGAUCUGAUAAAUCAACGAUUGAAACGGAAAUCAGGAUAUUCAAAACGAUUCACAAGUUUUAAUAAAUUCGAAAAUAAGCUUUCUUCUUUAAAAGAUCUGCGUGGGCGAGAAGGUGGAGAGUUCACAAUAUUUGGUUUACUUACCUUCGCAGAUGAAAAAUAUCAACUCGAGGAUAAAGAAUGGCAAAUUUGGCUAGAUUUAUCCGAAUGCGAAAUGCAUGGGUUUUAUACUGAAGGUAAUUUUGUCCUUGCUAAAGGGCGAUAUACCGAGGUUCAAAAAUUCAAAGUUAAAAGUAUAGAACAUCCACCGUUGGAAGAUCCAGAUGAUACAAGAAGAGAAUUUGGUCACUUGGAUUUUUUGGGAAUACCAAAUUCAUUGGAAAAUGAGGAAACUAUUAAGCAAUAUGAAAAUGAAUGGCAAAAUACUUUUUUUGUAAUAAUGUCCGAUUUGUGGUUAGAUCAAUCAAAGACGCUUGUCAAAUUACGAGCGAUGUUUAAACAUUAUCAAGAUAAAAAUUCGAUUCCAUUUGUUUUCGUAUUAAUCGGAAAUUUUUUAUCUGAACCGUUUGUAAACAUUGAAGUUCACUCCGCUGAAUAUCGAGCGGCUUUUGAUAGUCUAGGGAACCUUGUUGCAGAGUUUCCUAGCAUAGCAAGAUAUUCACAUUUUGUAUUCGUACCCGGGUGUUCUGAUUUUUGCUUGAGUGGAAGAUCUCCACAGAGACACAUACCAAAUAUAUACACUUCUCGAUUAAAAAGUAAAAUACCUAAGGCUGUAUUCGCUAGCAAUCCUUGCAGUCAAGAAAUUGUAAUUUUCCGUGAAGAUAUCGUUUAUAAGGUUAAACGGAAUAUUAUUCGAAUCCCAAAUCUGUUGGGUGCACAGGAGAGCCCAGAAAUACAGGUUACCAAAGCUUUACUACAACAAUCACACUUAUGUCCGUUUCCGUUGUUUAUGAAGCCUAUCUAUAGAGAUUAUGAUUAUACUCUAAGAUUGUAUCCAGUCCCUGAUGUUGUAGUGGAUUUUCGUCAGGUGGUUACAAGUGGAUGGUUUAUUGGCCUUGGUCAAGAAAGUCUGAAUCUUGUGAUGGAACUUAAAAAUUCAAAUGUCACUAGUUACGAAGGUUUUGACCAUGCGGGAAAAGUAAUUAUAGGUGGCGGUGGAGGCGUUGAAAGAACUGGCAUAAAGAACAAACUGGCGUUGUACAAAGUAAAUGAAAAAAUCUUGGAAAAAUCAUCUGAAGCUCUUGAAAAAGAUGAGAAAAUUUUAGAAAAAUUAUCCGAAUUAGAAUUAGAAGAAGGCGGUGAUUCACCACAAUGCAUUACUUUUCACAGUGAGGAAAAUAUUAUUUCUUGUGGUAUCAAUAGCUCAUUAGAAAAAAUGAAGACCGGUGAAAAUCAAAAUUGUCGAAUUUUUAGAUAUUCAGAUGAAAGAAUUGAAUUGAUUAAUACAACACAAACAAUUAGAGCAGAUAUUAAUGAAGAUUAUUAUCAGAAAGCUACUGCAUUCAGUCAUAAUGGUAAACUAUUGGCAACCGGUGGCACAGAUAGUAAGUUGACGGUUCUUAAAUAUCCAUCAUUAGACGUAGCUUUUCCACCAGUGAACUUUGAUAAACAAGAAAUAUAUGAUGUUGAUUUUAAUUCAACUGGCGAUCAGAUUGCAGUUGUAUCUGAGAAACUUCUUCGAAUCUUAUCCACAAAAGAUGGUGAACGUAUUCAGUCUAUAGAGCGACCCACAUUUCAAAAAACGGCACAGUGCAAAUUUAGAGCUUGCAGAUUUGGGAAAGGAUCAUCUGAGGGAUAUCUUUUUACUGUGGUCAAUUCGACUUCUAAAUUCAGAGCAUUCAUCGUUAAAUGGGACGUUAAAAUUUGGAAUAAAGUUUUAUUAAAAGCUGUUUCCAGAAAACCGAUCACUGCAUUUGCAGUAAGUAAUGAUGGAAAUUUAUUAGCGUUUGGAAGCUCCGACCAAAGUGUAUCAAUUUGUGAUACACGAACAUUUAGGAUACUUCUUACUGUGCCUCAUUUACAUGAACUUCCAGUAACUACAUUAGGCUUUAAUAGUGACUCUACGUUAAUUAUAUGUGGUUCUGCUGAUCAUUCGGUUAAUAUUAUGCAGCUUCCAGAAAAAUUUGACUCAGGUAAAAAAAUUCGCUGA